AUGGUGACGUGGAAGAGCGCAGACAAAGAGCGCGUAAGCAGCCUCUUUGCCGAAGUCGUAGCCAGCUCCAAGUCCCUCGUGAGCGGCUUUCUAUCGGUGGACGACGACGCCAACUCGGCUUCCGUCAAGUUGGUCUGGAGCAAGAAGGAUCUCGUUCACAACGUGACGCACAAGUACCAGGUGCAGCAUUUCGUGCCUGACCUCACACAGACGCAGGUCCUCGUCACGGGAUUCCCCACCAAUUACACGAGCGACUACACGAGUGUCUCGCCCUCGACCAAACGAGUAGUGACUCUCGAUUGCAAGAAUCAACGAGGCGAGGCGACAUCCGAAGGGGUUUUCAAAGUCUUUGCAGGCAAUCAGCUGAAGUGGACGUUCCAAGCUCCCAAAACACUUCAUGGGGCUAUAUAUCUAGGAGAACGGGAAGGUGGCAUUGUCUGGUCUCACGACGAAGAGACGAUCGCAUACGUUGCUGAGAAAAAAUCUGCCGAUUGUCCUGCGUUCUGGAACCAGGGGAACGCUCCAGAAGGAGAGAAGGACGAGGUGGACUCAGCCAGAAGAGGGGUCAAGUUCGAGUACGAAGACGAUUGGGGUGAACAGUACGAAGGCAAGAAAACUGCAUCGAUCUUUCUGGCUACGUUGGCAACUGGCAAAAUUCGAGAGGUCAAGGGUGUGCCGGAGAAUGUGACGUGUGCAGACGUGGCUUUCGUCCCUGGUGAUAACGAGCUGGUGUUUACCGGGACCAGGACCGACAACCCGAAGCGACUUGGCAUCAUCUACUGCUACAAUCGACCUUCCGCUCUGUACCACGUGGUUUUAAACAGAGAAGAUCUGCAAGCCAAGAGCGCCGUGCAGAAGCUGGAGCUGAUUCCGCAGGAUGAAGAAAGCGAGACUAUUGAGACCAUGAGAAAUCCGCGUUUAUCUCCUGACGGCAAGCAGCUUGCUUUCCUCGCUACUCGAGACGUUGCCACUCACGGCACCUGCAGCUUUCUAUGCGUGAUGCAUUGGGCUACUAAGCACACGUCGACGUUGAUUCCCGUCAAGGAUGAGCCUGAUGCGUCUGGCACCGAUGUCACCAAGGUUUUUAACGGACUAUUCGAUGGCAAAUUGAGUCAAAAAGCUUGGUCACCUGAUGGCAAAUACAUCUAUGUGGGGACACGAGUGGGCUCUCGUGUACUCUGGAAGUACGUUGAUGUGAGCACGAAGAUUCUGAUUUCCCCAGAGUAUGUUGAUGGCUUCGAAGUCGCCGUUGAAUCAGUGCUGGAUCGCAAGGGAAACCGCUUCCUGGUGGUGGUAUCGUCCCCCACGCGCCCUGCGAGCAUCUUCCUUGUCCAAAUUGACCCGGUAACAGGGAUGCACAUGUGCUCACCUAUUACCAUUGACGAUCAGCAAGAAAGUGCAAAGUAUAUCGGGCGCUGGGAAGUGCACUCGAUUUCAGCGUCCGUGUCUGACGAAGCAGCCGCAGAGAAGACGCUCCCUGUGAUACCUGUAGAGCUGGACGACCUCCUUAUUCCGUCGGUUUCUAGCUCAAGUGACUAUGAAGCAACUGUGAUGCUGCCAAGUAGCUCUCCACCAUCUGAUGGUUAUCCCGUUAUCCUCGAGCUUCAUGGUGGACCGCAUAGCAAUGCGAGCGUCAUGUAUCGAGACAUGUGCGAAUUCUGGGCUGCCCUGGGUUUCGCGAUUGUUACCGUGAACUAUCGAGGCAGCACUGGAUAUGGAAUCAAGGCGCUGGAAUCCCUCAUUGGAAAGGUAGGAACGCAGGAUGUGUACGACUGCCACUACGGCCUGAAGUAUCUUUUGGAGGAGAGCUCAAGCCUCGGGCUUUCGUUGGACAAGACUCGCGUGCACUGCUCUGGUGGCAGCCACGGCGGGUUUCUCGUCACACACCUCAUUGCCCAGUUCCCGGGCUUUUACAAAUCCAUGGUAACCCGCAACCCUGUAACGAACAUGUCGAGCAUGUUCUACACUUCCGACAUCCAAGAGUGGAGUCUCGCAUGUGCAGGCAUUCAGCGAUUUGAAAGCAUCUAUACAUCGCAGAAGCUAUACAACUGCAAGGACGAACUUCCAGUUCUGACUCCGGAAGCACGUUUGGCCAUUCUCAGCAAACUGUGGCAGCACUCGCCUGUGAGUUGCGAUCUGAGUAAGGUAACGACACCUGCGCUAUUUGGACUUGGUGGAAAGGAUAGGCGUGUGCCUCCCAGCCAAGGUUUGGAGUACCGUGCUAUUCUUGCGAGCUACAAUGUUCCUACACGUCUUCUAUGGUAUCCCGAUGACUGCCACCCGUUGGGAUCCGAGGAGGCUUUUGGCGAUUUCUCGGUCAACUGGGGGCUUUGGCUGCUGAAGUAUAACUCCAAGUAA